CAAGAUCAUAUUAAUUAGGUACACGGUAAUUAAACAGAUUCCCUUCCCAACCCCAAACCAAAUCAACCCGGGACUGAAAAUAUCAAUAUCCCGCCUGCCCUCAUUCAACAACCCACAAACAAACAGGAUCGACAAUCAACCAUAUCGUCCGGCUUCUGGUUUCCUUCGUCCAUUUUGUCACAGCCCAUUUGAUGAAAUGGCUGAGGAGUCGGACCACAUGACAGAUGAGGCCGCUCCGCCCGGUGCCGACCAAGUCGCUGCCCUCACAAACACCUUGAAAGAACUGACCGGCGCCGUUAAAGACCUCAGAAACGAGAUUGCUAGACAGGCGAUUGAGAUCAAGGAGCUCAGGGAAACCAAGAAGAACAGCACCAGCAACAGCAAACAGGGACCCAUGAUCCCUCGCACCUUGAACCAGAACUCGAGCGCUUUCGCCGACGGCCACACCUCUGUCUUCUCCAACUCUCUCUUCUCCUCGUCAAACCCCCCCUCCUCAUUUUCCUCAUCAAAGAGCACCCAUCCCAAGUUUACCUUGUUCAACCGUCUCCCCCCGGAGCUUCGCAUGAAGAUCUGGAAACUGGCCCUGCCUGGUCACCGUAUCUUCGAACCCUAUAUCGAGCAUCCCGGCCGCUUCCCGGCCCACACGGCUGCCAUCAACAUUCACCUGAAUGCGAUGGGUAACGCUCACCCACCUCCCCAAGUUCCCCAUCCACCCCACCUCUUCGUCGCUCCGGCUAAUGUAGGGUUUGGUGGCGGCGCCGGCCCUGGUACUGGCGGAGGAGGUACUGGCACUGGCGCUGGUGCUGGUGGUGGUGCCGGAGCCGGGGGUGGUGGUGGUGGUGGUGGCGGCGGCGGCGGCGGCGCUGCUGGUGCCGGUGGUGCCGGUCUUCUACAAUUCCACCACAUGCAUCAUGCGAACCAUCAGAACCACAACCCAACUCCCCGACCUGACCCACCGGCCAUCAAAUUCGAGAUCAUGUACCCGCCUCCUCGCAUUCGCGCCGUCUGCCGCGAAGCCCGUCGUGCCAGCGCCGAGGGGGGCGCCUUCGAAUUUGGUGUCUUCGGCACGGCGCGCCGCGGGCACUGGGUGAACCACGCAACCGACAUUAUCCUCCUUCGCCCGGACAUUUUCCCCAACCUCCAUCACCUGCAUCUCGGGCGCAUCCAAUGUCUCGCCUUUCCCAGCUCCCAGUUUAAGACGGAGAGGGGUUGCAUCACGCUCCUCCAGAUUGUCCUCCAACACGCUCCGCGGUGCCGGACUGUCGUCCUCGUUUUCGAGACCGACUCGCGCAACAGCUUCCGCAUGCCCAACUACAUUAAGGCCACCGCGCACACCUUGGACGACGGCGAUAUUAUAGGAACCCAUGCCUUCCCUCCCACCCGCGGCCUCGAGGACGGACUUGUGAAAUGGGGCGAUCUCCGUCGCGUGGUGCGGACCGUUUGGGCCGAGCAGAUGGCUUCUCGGGGCUUGGACCAGGCUUCGGUCCCCGCACUGACCGCCGCCGACUUGCUCAGGCCUUGUACACGCUGGUAGGAGGAAGCUAAGGUGAUCAACAGGUGGCUCCCGCGUUAGGGAAAUGAUAUGCAGUUUCUGUUAUUAUCCUUGCCGACCGACACUGUCGGCUCGGCCCUGUGGAUAACCUAGUUUGAGUGGGAGUUCAAUGGCGAGCAGGGGCGUUUCUGGGCAAUUUGGUCUGAAGAUCUUUCUUGUUUCGAUGGGGGCAUGGCGCAAUAGCAUUGGAUACACCUUGUUCUCAUUGUUGUUAUUAACAUUGCCAUUUGUUGUUUUCCAUCGAGGGAAUCUAGCUUGAGCCUUGGUCGGGAAAACGGAGGGAAUGAAGUUCCUAGUCAUAGGCAUAGGCAGCGACCUUGGCAACCCUGUGUGGUUGUGCAAGGCUAAUACUAUUUACCUAUCCCACUCAAUCACUG